UACAGAAAAAUCAAACAGCCUUGCGAUAAUUGCACGCUGCAAUUCCAGACCCUCUCGAGUCUAAUCCCACAUACAGAAUAUACACCCUAUCCUCAUGGCUGCUCUCGGUUUACGUUCUCCCCCACCGCCUCGCUCUGAGGCUGCGUCCCCUCGACCGCGGCCUGCUUUUGACUGCGAGCUUCUUCGCGCAUACAUGAAGAAGCUGCUAUCGACUACACUCCAACAUGCUGCGUGGUCAGGCGAACGUGAUCAGAUAAAGGCGUGGAUGAAGGAAAUAGGAGAACGCGUGAAGGAGAGGAUGGUCGAGAUUCAGCCAAACAAUUUCAAGUACAUUGUGCUGGUUCAGAUCAGCGAAAAUCUGGGUCAAGGUGGACGAGCUGAGAUGGUGUCUCACUGGGAAGACAGCGAUGUCUGCGUAAACGAGUUAUUUUGGAACGAUUCUCUUAUCUGCACCUGCAUCGCUCUAGCAGUCCGAACAGGCUGA